AUGGCUGACAAGCUGGCAUUUCUCCUCUUCGGAGACCAGUCACUUGACACCCAUAGCUUUCUCUCCGAGUUCUAUCGCCAAGAGAAGCGGGGCCUUCUCGCGAAUGCCUUCCUCGAGCAAGCUGGACAUGCCUUGAAGACAGAGGUCGAGCAACUGACACGCUUGGAGCGGUCGCGGCUGCCAGUCUUCCGCACCCUACAGCAGCUCAACGAGAGAUACUACGGCCAGAAGCUCAAGCACCCCGGCAUCGACGGCGCUCUGCUCUGCGUUUCCCAGCUCGCACACUAUAUCGAUCAUGCCGAGAAGAAUUACGAGGAUGUCACCAGACACGACCGCACACUUCUCGUCGGCCUGUGCUCGGGGCUUUUCGCGGCGUCUGCCAUUGCGUCCACGCCGUCGCUUUCUGCCCUCGUCCCGUUUGCUGUUCAGGUGGUUCUCAUGGCGUUCAGAACUGGGACGCACGUCCAGACACUCGCCGAGCGGUUAAGCCCAGCCUUCGACCAGUCUGAUAGCUGGACCUACAUAUUUCCGGGCCCGAAGGAGGAGGACGCUUCUGCGGUUCUGAGCAGUUUUCACAAGAGUAAUGGAAUUCCGCAAGCCAGCCGCGCCUACGUCAGUGCCGCUUCAGUCAGCAGCAUUGCCAUCUCAGGCCCUCCGAGUACCCUGAAGUCGUUGGUGAACAGCGGAAUUUUGUCCGCCAAGCCGACCUCUAUUCCCGUCUACGGGCCGUAUCACGCUGCCCAUUUACAUGCCUCGGCCAAUAUCGACAAGAUAUUGCGGUUGGACGACGCCAAGGUUGUUGAUGCUCUUUACGGCACUCGCCCAAGAUCCGCAGUCAUGUCGUGCACUACGGGCACAUGGUUCUCCGAGAAGGAUACAGCCGCACUGCUGAAGUCGAUUGUGCACGAAAUUCUGAACGAGACUUUGAUGUUUAACAAGGUCCUAGACGGGUGCCUCGAGCGAGCCCGCGAAUUCAAGGGGAAAAGCUGCCUCAUCCUCCCCCUCGGCCCAACUCAGAACGCGGCCACGCUCGCAAACCUCCUUAAGGCGCAGACCAAUUUGGAGGUCGUGCUCCGCAAGUCGCCCUCGGUUUCGGCAGAGAGCACUGGCUCUCGCAUCGGGAACCACGGUCCUAGCGGCAAGUGCAGGUUAGCCAUAGUUGGUAUGGCCGGGCGGUUCCCGGAUGCUGCUAGCCACGAGAAGCUCUGGGAGAUGCUCGAGAAAGGCCUCGACGUUCACAGGGUGGUCCCGCCAGACAGGUUCAAUGUCGAGACGCACUACGACCCCACGGGGAAGAUCAUCAAUACUAGCCACACGCCGUAUGGUUGCUGGAUUGAAAACCCGGGUUUCUUCGACCCCCGCUUCUUCAACAUGUCGCCUCGCGAGGCCUUCCAGACGGACCCAAUGCAGCGCAUGGCGCUGACCACAGCCUACGAAGCUCUGGAGAUGUCUGGCUACGUUCCCAACAGAACGCCGUCUACCAGGCUAGACCGCAUUGGCACAUUCUACGGCCAGACUUCGGACGAUUGGCGUGAGAUCAACGCCGCCCAGGAGGUCGACACGUACUUCAUCACGGGAGGUGUCCGGGCCUUUGGACCCGGCCGUAUCAACUACCAUUUCGGCUUCAGCGGGCCCAGUCUAAAUAUCGACACGGCAUGCUCUUCCAGUGCCGCUGCCAUGCAGGUGGCUUGCACGGCCCUGUGGGCGCGGGAUUGCGACACAGCGGUCGUUGGUGGUCUGUCCUGCAUGACCAACCCCGACAUUUUCUCCGGUCUCAGCCGAGGACAAUUCUUGUCCAAGAAAGGGCCUUGCGCGACUUUUGAUAAUGAGGCAGAUGGUUAUUGCCGUGGCGACAGCUGCGCGUCGGUCGUGGUCAAGCGCCUCGAAGACGCCGAGGCGGAUGGAGACAGAAUCCUGGCUGUCAUCCUAGGCACCUCGACAAAUCACUCAGCGGACGCCAUCUCCAUCACACAUCCCCACGGCCCAACACAGUCAAUUCUGUCCACUGCCAUCUUGGACGAGGCUGGUGUUGAUCCCCAUGAUGUGGACUACGUUGAGAUGCACGGCACUGGCACACAGGCCGGAGACGGCACCGAGAUGGUUUCGGUCACCAGCAUCUUCGCACCUGCUGAACGCAAGAGACCCGCCGACAGGCCGCUCUAUCUCGGCGCCGUUAAAGCGAACAUCGGCCACGGUGAAGCGGCAUCUGGAGUGUCGGCCCUGAUCAAGGUGCUCAUGAUGCUCCAGAAAAACGCGAUCCCGCCCCACGUCGGCAUCAAGUCGGGGUCCGUCAUCAACAAGACCUUCCCCAAGGACCUGUCGGAUCGCAACGUCAAUAUCGCAUUCCACACAACCCCGUUCAGACGCAAGGACGGCAAGCCGAGAAAGAUAUUCGUGAACAAUUUCAGUGCGGCCGGCGGCAACACUGGUUUGCUGAUCGAGGAAGCCCCCAAGCUUGAGCCCGCAGAACAGGACCCCCGCAGCCAGCACAUUGUUACAUUGACGGGCAAGUCCAAGGCUGCCAUGAUCCGCAAUGCCGAGAGACUUGUGGCCUGGAUGGAAAAGAACCCAGGUACGCCUCUGUCGCAUGUUGCCUACUCAACAACUGCUCGCAAGAUCCAGCACUACUGGCGCAUGAAUGUGGCUGCCAGCGACCUCGCCGAGGCUCAGAGGGCCAUCGCAGACCGUCUCAAGGAGAACUUUGUGCCUGUUCUUCCCGAGCAGCCAAAGGUCGCUUUCAUGUUCACCGGCCAAGGCUCUCACUAUGCCGGCCUGGGCAACGAGUUCUACCAGCACUACACCAUCUUCCGCCAGAACAUUGAUGAGUUUAACCGCCUUGCGCAGAUCCACGGUUUCCCCUCAUUCCUGCCUCUGAUCGAUGGCAGCGAGCUAGAUGUGUCCAAGUUGUCGCCUGUCGUGGUGCAGCUUGGUCUGGCCUGCUUUGAGAUGGCGCUGGCCCGGCUCUGGGCCUCGUGGGGCAUCAAGCCAGCCGUGGUUCUCGGCCACAGCCUGGGAGAGUAUGCCGCUCUCAACAUUGCUGGUGUUCUGUCUGCGAGCGACACCAUCUACCUGGUCGGCGCUCGUGCGCAGCUUCUGGUAGACAAGUGCACAGCUGGCACACACACCAUGCUGGCCACGCAGGGUUCCGUCGAGACCGUGACCGAGGCUCUCGGCUCCAAGGCGGAAAACGUCAACGUUGCCUGCAUGAACGGCCCUCGCGAGACGGUUCUCAGCGGCGAGGCGAGCCAGAUGGCCGAGAUCGCCCAAGAUCUCGCGGGCGCGGGCUUCAAGUGCACUCAGCUCCGCGUGCCUUUUGCCUUCCACUCGGCGCAGGUCGAGCCAAUCUUGGACGACUUCGAGAAGCUCGCGCAGUCGGUGCAGUUCAACGCUCCCAAGGUUCCCAUCAUCUCGCCGCUCCUGGGCAAACUGGUCGAGGGAGAGCCGAUCAACGCGGCCUACCUCCGCAACCAUGCCCGAGAGUCUGUCAACUUCCUUGGCGGUCUCGUCUCGGCCCAGCAGUCGAGCGCCAUCGACGAGAAGACGGUCUGGCUCGAGGUCGGCCCGCAUCCCGUCUGUGCCGGCAUGGUCAAGGCCGCCUUUGGUGGUACUACUGUCGCGGUCCCGACGCUGCGCCGGAACGAGAACUGCUAUAAGACGCUCACCGCAAGCCUCUGCACGCUGCACACGGCAGGUCUCAACAUCGACUUCAACGAGUAUCACCACGACUUCGGCCGGUCGGUCCGCCUUCUAGAUCUACCCAGCUACUCUUUCGACGAGAAGAACUACUGGCUGCAGUACUCUGGCGACUGGUGUCUGUCAAAGAACCGUGUUGGCACCUCGGCCCCCCCCAAAGCCAUCCAAGCCGCGAAGCCCAAGCUGGCGACGACGACAGUGCAGAAGAUCAUCCGAGAGGAGGUCAAGGGCGAUAUUGCCAUCGUCGAGAUCGAAUCUGAUCUCUGCCAGCCACAGCUUCGCAACGCCGUCUCGGGUCACUUGGUCAACGGCGCUCCCCUGUGCCCGUCGUCGCUGUACGGAGACAUGGCGAUCACCGUUUGCGACUAUGCCUACAAGCUCCUGCGGCCCGACUCGGAGAAGAUCGGCUGCAAUGUCGCGCACAUGGAGGUGCCCAAGACGCUGAUCUUCAACGACACAGCCAAGAGCCACAUCUUGAGACUCACCGUGACCGCCAAUGCCAAGACUAGCCAAGCAGACCUUGUCUUCCACACCGGUGAAGGCGCCAAGAGGAUCGAUCAUGCCAACUGCAAGGUCUACUUCAAUCCCAUCGAUGAGUGGCAGGACGAGUUUGACCGCGUCGCCUACCUGAUCAAGUCGCGCAUUGACGCCUUGAAGCAGGCCGAGCUGCGUGGCGAGGCUUCAAAGAUCGGCCGUGGGCUUGCCUACAAGCUGUUCUGUGCCCUCGUCGACUACAAUCCUCGCUACCAGGGAAUGGAAGAGGUCAUCCUUGACAGUUCUGCCUGCGAGGCGACGGCCAAGAUCCGCUUCCAGACCACAGAGGAGGAUGGCAAUUAUCACUUUAGCCCCUACCACAUUGACAGUCUCUGCCACAUCUCGGGCUUCAUCAUCAAUGGCACCGACGCUGUUGACUCGCGCGAGCAAGUCUUCAUCUCGCACGGCUGGGGCUCUUUGAGGUUCACCGAGAUUCCCCAGCGUGGCAAAGAAUACCGAAGCUACAUCCGCAUGCAGCCUGUCAAGGGCAGCAAGGUGUAUGCUGGCAAUGUUUAUGUCUUUGACGGCGAGAAGAUCAUCGGCAUGACUGGAGACCUCAAGUUCCAGGCCAUCCCACGCAAGGUUCUCAACAUGAUGCUUCCUCCCCGUGGUGCCCUCGCUGCUGCAUCUGCCGCGCCGGCUCGCUCUGCACCAGCUAUCAAGGCCGCCCCUACCAAGCCUGCCGCCCCUGCCAAGAAGGACAAGAAGAAGGAGACGGUGACACCGUCAAACAUUGGCAAGGUCAACCAGAAGUUGAAGAGCGUGGUCUCGGACAUCAUGGACAUCCUUGCCAAGGAAGUCGGGUGCAGCCACGACGAGCUGGCGGACAACAUCGCCUUUACUGAUCUCGGCGUCGACUCUCUGAUGUCAUUGACUGUUAGCGGUAGAAUCCGUGAAGAACUGGACCUGGACCUCCACUCCAACGCCUUUGUUGACUAUCCCACCAUCGGCUCCUUCAAGGGCUACCUCGCUCAGUUCGAGACACCAGGUCGGAAGAAGAGCAUCUCUUCUAAUGACUCAGAUGAUUCGUCUGACGACGAGUCACCUGAGAUGGAGUCGGAUUCCAACAUCACGACUCCUCUAGACGAGAGUGAGACCAAUUCGGUCAAGGGCGAUGCCAAGGCAGAGUCGGGUAGCGCUGGCGGCUCUGAGCUCCAGUCCAUCAUCCGCAACACCAUUGCCACCGAAAUGGGCGUCGAGGUUGACGAGAUCCUGGCUGCCCCUGAUCUUGCCAACCUCGGCAUGGACUCUUUGAUGAGCCUGUCGAUUCUCGGCACACUACGAGAGAAGUCGGGAAUGGCCAUUCCAUCAGAUCUCUUCGUUUCUAACCCCUCGCUGAAGGAUGUCGAGCGUGCCCUGGGCGUCAGCGAUGCGCCGAAGCGGCCCGCUGCUCCUAAGCAGUCCAAGGCCCAGGCACCCGCUGCUCCCAAGCACCCAAGGAUCGGAUUGGAGGAGCCGGCGCCCCCUAAGCCGCCUAGGCCGACCAACAUCGUCGACAAUUACCCGAACCGUAAGGCAUCGUCGGUUCUUCUGUCUGGAAGCCAUAGGACCGCGACCAAGCACCUUUUCAUGAUCCCCGACGGAAGCGGUUCUGCUACCUCGUACACCGAGAUCGCCGAUGUUGGCGGCCAGUGGGCGGUUUGGGGUCUUUUCUCGCCUUUCAUGAAGACGCCAGACGAGUACCACUGCGGCGUUUACGGCAUGGCCACCAAGUUCAUCGAGGAGAUCAAGCGUCGCCAGCCUUCGGGACCCUACUCGGUAGCCGGCUGGAGCGCUGGAGGUGUGAUCGCCUACGAGAUUGUUAACCAGCUGACCAGAGCUGGCGAAAAUGUCGACAAUCUCGUAAUCAUCGACGCACCCUGCCCUGUCACUAUCGAGCCUCUCCCGCAAGGUCUCCAUGCUUGGUUCGCCUCUAUCGGCCUCCUCGGCGAUGGAGAUGACAAGAAGAUUCCAUCGUGGCUUCUCCCUCACUUCGCCGCCUCGGUUAGUGCCCUCAGCAACUACGACGCGGAGCCAAUCGCCAAGGACAAGUGCCCCAACGUGAUGGCCAUCUGGUGCGAGGAUGGAGUUUGCAAGCUCCCGACGGACCCGCGCCCGGAGCCAUACCCCAAGGGCCAUGCUCUGUUCCUGCUCGACAACCGGUCAGACUUUGGCCCCAACCGCUGGGACGAGUAUCUAGAUGUCAACAAGAUGAAUUUUAGGCACAUGCCUGGAAACCACUUCUCCAUGAUGCACGACGAUCUGGCCAAGACCCUUGCUGGCUUCCUCAAGGAGGCGCUGUUGUAA